AUGGUGGGCCAUCGACCAAGCCGCGUGUCAGCGACUCCCGGCGCGGCUCACCGUGCCCCUAUGAACUCGGAGUUUCCUUCAGACGGGAGGCCCCUUCGCACCACUGCUCCACCCCGCACCGAGAACCAGCCUUGGUUCCGCGACCUCUACCGCAACCGCAACCGAGCGGUUGCAGGCGCCGCCGGCAACGCACAGCAUCCCGUCCACCCGCUCGCCGCCGCCGCCGCCGACGCCGCGCCCGCCGCGCCCGUGGCCCCCGGCGCGCCGCCCGUGCCCCCCGCCGCGCCCGCCGCGCCCGUGGCCCCCGGCGCGCCGCCCGUGCCCCCCGCCGCGCCCGCCGCGCCCGCCGCGCCCGCCGCGCCCGUGGCCCCCGGCGCGCCGCCCGUGGCCCCCGGCGCGCCGCCCGUGGCCCCCGGCGCGCCGCCCGUGCACCCCUUCGCGACGGGGUUGACCUUUGCCGGGUGCAGCUUCGAGCUCGGUGAACACGUCCCCGCGUAUGAUUCGGCCUCCGACGAGCCGCCCGAGGACCCCGCAGCGCUGUUCGUCUGGUGCAGCUUCGCCCUCGCCGACAACUUGUACCAGUAUGACGUGGCGCGCGUCGAGCUCAUGGAGGCGCUCGCCGCGCCAGAAGCACUUGCGGCGCCGGCAGCCGUCGCAGCGUCUCUCGUUGCGCCCGCAGCGUACGGGAGGACCCUCGCGGAGAACCUCACCGCGCUCUCCCAGGGGAUCUCGGCGCACGCGGCGUCCCUGCCCGCAGACGAGGACGCGCUCGCCCAGGCGUUCGCCGAACUCGCCCGCACCUGCAGCACCCACGCGCAGAGUCUCGUCGCUCACGCGUACUUCCUCACCGGGUACGCCGCAGGCCUCACCGCCGGCGUCGCGCCCGCCGCGCCCAUCCAGGAACCGGCGCCCUUUCGGCUUCCGCAUGCCGCUUUAGAUGUCGAGGUGGACCGCAACUAGGAGGACUCAGACCGCCUCGUCACGCGUACAAAGUUACAAAGCCCGUGAAUGUUUGAGGUCUUAAUUGAUGUGUCAUACAAGUCUUUUAGAUUUUGGGAACAGGAACCGCGAUAUUGUUUUCACUCGUCACCUCGUUACGCCUACUGGUGAAAUGGUAAAUGUACAUAUUCGGGUGAAAUUUUUAUCCAGAACCUGGGUGAUAUUCUUGCACAGGAAUUGUUACAUUUGAUUCAUUUGAUUAGAUGAAAAAUAAAAGUUUACACGAAGAUUUUAACUGUGA